UUUUAUCUCUGUCUUUCUUCUCUGCUUUUCACAGGCAUAUCCCUUCUCUCUCUCUCUCUCUCUGUGUGGGGUCUCUCUUUGGCAUAAAGUUUCUGGCUUUUUUUGUACAGAAUUGAGAAUUCUCCUUCUCUCUUUUCUUGCCGGGGCUUAAUGUGGCAGAAUCACACCCAUAAGUCGUCAUCUUCUUCUUCGUGUUUGAGAGAUUCUAUUGUGGCUCUCGAAGCUGAUAUUCAACAUGCCAAUACCCUGGCAGCAUCAGUACCACAAGGUUAUGGAGGGGACCAUAUUCAGAUGAAACUAUCAUACAGUCCUCUUGCUCCUUUAUUCCUUAAUUUGAUCCAAUGGAUGGAUUUUACUUGUACCGAUUCUCUCCCUACUUAUCUUGGCUUAUUCCACAUUCUCAUUUACAAGGUGUACGAUGGGAUGCCAAUGCCAUCAUUAUCCUCCAAAGAAAGAAAAGCCUCUCUCAAGGAUUUCUAUGGUGUGAUAUACCCAUCACUGAAGCUACUUGAAGGGGAGUUUAAAGCACAUGAAGCUAAAGAGAAUAAUAGAAGCAAUGGGACACAAUUGGUGAGCAGAAAGAGCCCCAAGAGAGGGUUUGAUGAUAAAGAACAAGACUUGAGAGAUGAUGAAUGUGGAAUCUGCAUGGAGAUCAGCAUGAUCAUGGUCCUCCCUAAUUGUGGCCAUUCCCUCUGCAUUACUUGCUUCCAUGACUGGAAUGUGAGAUCAGAAUCAUGCCCAUUUUGCAGAAGAAGCCUGAAGAGAGUGAGUCCAACAGAUCUGUGGGUUGUGAUCGACAACAACGAGGUGGUCGACAGACUCACGGUUUCAAAAGACAACCUCAGACGCUUCUAUCUCUACGUUGAAUCUCUGCCUCUUCUCACUCACGAUGCUCAUGAUGUCUUCGUCUUCAACUGUAUGCUCUGAUUCCAACCAUCUCUGUAUAUAUCAUCAUCCUCAAUAAACAUGUAUUCAUGUGUCAUAUGUAUUAUUUACAGUGAGAUGAUAUUGACAUGAGAUGAUUCUCCAGGUUAGUUCAUGCUUUGUAACUCAGCUUUUUGGAACCUGAGUUCUGUUAUUCAUGCCUGUAUAUACAUGAAUAGCGUCUGUAUGCAUGGAAUAUGUUCAUAUACAAUGGAUAUUCCUGUU